AUGCCGCACCCAGACGCCCUCGCGCCCGCGCCCUUAUACCCGCCAGGCGACGGCCUCCCGCUCCACCGCGGCCCCCCACUCGCGCCAGCAUCUCGCUCGACCGGCGACGACUCGGUCGCACACUCACUCGCCGACGACAGGGUCGACAUGAGCCUGCUCUUGAGGAAGAUUGGCCUCGCAGGAGCGAGCAACAUGACCGGCGCCAUGGUGACCAAUCCGGCCGACCUGAUCAAGGUCCGCCAGCAACUCGAGCGCCGCCUGCCCAACGCCGACCCGACCUCGUCUCGCCCGCGCACGACCAACGCGUGGCGCACUUUGACGCACAUGGUUCGCGCCGAGGGCAUUGGGUCGAUCUACAAGGGUUUGAGCGGGAGCUUGUUGCGCGAGCUCAGCUAUUCCGGGAUCCGCAUGGGAGGGUACGACCUCGUCAAGAGCACGCUCGUCAAGUUUGCGCCGGGCGCCGACCCCAACGGGUUCGGGACCAAGCUCCUUGGAGGAAUGGGCAGCGGCAUGGUCGGUGCCGCCGUCGCAAAUCCAGCAGACCUCCUCAAGGUCCGCCUCCAGUCGCCCGCCGCCAAGGGCACUCUGCGAGAUCACGCGUCGCAGAUCUACCGCCACGAGGGCAUCAAGGGCUUCUACCGCGCGCUCGUCCCGACCACGAUCCGCGCCGGCAUCCUCACGGCGGCGCAGCUCGGCACGUACGACCACUUCAAGCACCUGCUCAAGCGCGACUUUCCGCAGCACUUCCACGAGGGGAUCCGGACGCACCUCGUCGCGAGCGGCAUCGCGGGUUUCUGCUGCUCGGCGGCGAGCAACCCGAUCGACGUCAUCAAGGUGCGCAUCAUGAGCGACAGGACGGGCCAGUACAGGGGCAGCCUCCACUGCGCGGCGCUGCUGCUCAAGAACGAAGGCCCGUUGGCGUUCUACAAAGGGUUCAGCAUGUGCUUCUGGCGCCUGUGGCCCCACUCGCUCGUGUCGCUCGUCGUCUUUGAGCAGCUGCGCAAGGCGGUCGGCAUGACGGCCAUCUAGACGUCUCUUCCUCGUCCGCUCUUUCUCUCUCUCUCGUUCUCUUGUCUCUCUUGUGUGUAGACCCGCAUUGUGCCGCCGAGAGCGUGUUGUCAUCGAGCUUGUACAGACGGC